AUGCCAUUUUUUGUUUUUCGCUGUUUAAUUCAAAAUAAAAGAAAUUUUUCCUUUCUAUCAUCAACAUUAUGUGCCAAACACGCAACAGCAAAAACUUGUCUAAAACAAAAUAAAAUCCAAGAAAGUUUGCCGUUAGAAACAAAUGGAAUUAUUUUGGUUCCAAAAAAAUUACAUGAACAUCUUUUUGGAGAAAUAAUUACUGAUAAUUGUGAAAAUAUUGAUCAAAUGGCAAAGAGAAAAUCUGAGGAAGAAUUUUUGGCAGAAGAAAAAUUGAAAUUACCUAAACUUAAAUCAAAAAAUUUAAUGGGGCAUUUUAAAGUUUUGGCUGAAGAACAAUUGAUGGAUUAUCGAAUUUUAAUGGAACAAGCUAUGCAAAUUGGAAGUUUACCUCCAAUGCCAAAAGAAUGGUCUUCCUCUCCUGGCUGGACAGUUUAUGAAAAAAAUAUUAAAGGUCAACAUAUUCAAAGACAAGUUCCAUUUCCAAAAGAAAAUUUGUUGUUUUUUGACGUUGAAGUUUGUAUGACAGAUGGAAAAUUACCGACUAUGGCUGUUGCUCUUUCUCCAAAUAAAUGGUAUUCUUGGUGCAGUAACAGAUUAUCUAAUGAUCAAGUAGAUUUACCUGAAUUUGUUACUUUAGAUCAUUUAAUUCCUCUUGAAGAUGAAAAUAAUUUGGGAAAUUUUAAAAGUUUGGUUAUUGGACACAAUGUAGCUUUUGAUAGACAAUUUAUUCGAGAACAAUAUUUGGCGAAGGAAUCAGCUAUGAAAUGUUUUUUGGUGUACAAUGUCAAUGCAUAUUGCUUGUUCGGACGUCUUUACGAAAAAUCAAAAUUAAAUUCCUACGAUUACAUGUCCAAUUUUUAUCUUGAAGAUGAAGAUGGAGUCCCUGUUUUUACAAAACAAUUUCAGGCAAUUGUAGAUGAAUGGAAAUCAAAAACUUGUAAAAAUUCCUUAGAAGCAGUUUUUAAUCAUUAUUGUUCUAGUCCAACACAAAUUAAAUUGGAAAAAGAAUGGCAAGGAUUUUUCAGAAAAAAUAGUAUUGAGGAUAUUCGAGAUAAUAUGCAGCAAUUAUUUCUUUAUUGUGCUGAAGACGUUCGGGCAACUUUUGAAGUUUAUCAAAAACUUUAUCCAAAAUUUUGUAAAAGAUUUCCCCACCCAUUAACAUUUUGUGGAAUGAUGGAAAUGGCAAAUGUCUAUUUACCUAUUAAUUCGAAUUGGCGUCAUUUUUAUGAUAAAUGUGAAAAACUUUCUUCUUCAAGUAUGAAUGAAAUUACUAGAAAAGUUAUUCAAAUUGCUAGAGAUGUUAUUGAAGAAAUGGAUCAAACAAUUGAAAAUAAAGAAAAUGAAAAGGAGCAAGUCCACGAAAGUGAAGAAAUGCCGGAAAUAUUAAAAAAGUUUGUAAAUUUUAUGAAAUACUACAAUUCCAUUUUCUUUAUUUUCAGAUAUCAUUUAGACCCCUGGCUAUUCGUCUCAAAUUGGUCCUGUCCAAAGAAACGCCCUCAAUGGCCUGUUUGGUAUUGGGGACUUUUUCAAAAAUUAUUACAUGCAAAUACGCCUUUAGAAGAAUUGGAAGCAGAUUCUGUUAAAUUAAUGUGUAGAGAAUUACCUCGACUUUUUGGACUUUGUUAUGGUCCAUAUCCGUUAAUGUUUGUGACAGAUUUGGGAUGGGGAUAUAUUGUCCCUAAAAAAAAUUUUGUUUCCUCUUCCCUACCAGAAACACAAUUAAUUAAAAUAGCUGAUGAAUCUGUUCAUAUGCCAAUUAGGUUUAUAUAUUUAUUUUAUUUAAUUUUAAUAAAUUUUAGGUCAAUUUAUAAACAAAUUAUAUCAAAUAAAAAAUCUCUCAAUCAAUUAAUUUCGGAGCCUUUAAAAUCUGCAGUUCUCCAUUUUGGCGAUUUUUUUAGUUUUUACAGGCUACCACAUCCGUCUGGUCAACCUCAUCUUAAUGUUGGCACUCCAUUUUCAAAGAAAAUGAAAAUUAAUUUUGAAAAUUUCGAAGAAGACGCCAUUCAUCCAACAAGAUUUGUUGAUAUUUUAAAACGUUUUUUGGAUUCGAGAAGUGUGACUAGAUUUUGGGGAAAUUAUAGGGCUCGUUAUAAAGAACAAUUACCUGUUUGGUUUGAUGAAAAUUCUGAAAAUGGGGCAAUUGUUCCUUCUGUUAUCCCUGCUGGGACAGUUACAAGGCGUGCUGUUCAUAAAUUGUGGCUAACCUCUGCAAAUGCAAAAGAGGGAAUUAUUGGCUCUGAUCUUAAAUCAAUGAUUCAAUGUUCAAACGGUUAUUCUCUAGUUGGGGCAGAUGUUGAUUCUCAAGAACAAUGGAUAGCAGCCCUUUUUGGUGAUUCUUUACAUCCUUCAAAACGUGCUGGUUCUACAGCAUUUAGUGCUAUGCUUUUGGCUGGGAAUAAAGCAGAAAAGACUGAUUUACAUUCGGUUGUAGCAAAAACUGUUGGAAUUAGUAGAGAUCAUGCUAAAGUUUUAAACUAUGCUCGUUUAUAUGGUGCUGGUAGUAAACAUGCAGAACAAUUCUUAAAAACACAAGGAAUUUCAGAUAUUACUUCUAAAAAGUUGACUAAAAAAUUAUUUGAAACAACUAAAGGAAAGGCUUCAAAUUACCAUCGUCUAUCAGAAUCUGGAGGAAAAUAUUUUGAAGAAUAUUUAGCUUAUCUUCAUAAUCAAAAUAUAAUUAUUGAAAAUACUUCUAAAAAUAAUUCUUAUUUAUUUGUUGAUGGUUGUUAUUUCCUUCCAAAUGUUACUUUUAGCAGUUUUACUUUAAAUUUUGCUGAAUGGCUAUUUAAUUAUAAGAAAACUAAUUUAAAUGAUAAAUUUGCUUCGAGAUAUCCAAUAAAGCUGUAUAAUGGAGGAUAUGAAUCCAAUACAUUUAAUUAUCUUUCACUUAAAUCACAUCAACUUUACCCUGAAACUCCUGUCCUCAAAUGCCGAUUAAGCGAAGCACUUGAACCUUUCCCAGUUACAAUAAAAAAUGGGCCAGAAGCAUAUGCAUUCAACACUUUAUAUAAAAGAACAAUAAUUAAUUGGUUUGUCCAGUCAAGUGCUGUCGAUUUCCUUCAUAUGUUGUUGGUCUGUAUGAGGUGGUUGUGUACUACUUAUGGGAUUAAAGCUCGUUUUAUGAUUUCUAUACACGAUGAAGUUCGUUAUAUGGUUGUCGAUGAAGAUAGAUAUAGAUGUGCAUUGGCAUUAACAUUAAGUAAUAUGUAUGUUAGAGCAGCAAUAUCUGAAUCGCUUGGAAUUCGAGAACUUCCAAGGUCUGUUGCCUUCUUCAGUCAAGUUGAUAUUGACAAAGUUUUACGAAAAGAGGUGACUUUAGAUUGUGAAACUCCAGGCGGAGAAAAAGUUGAAAAUGGAGAGGCACUAACAAUAGAACAAAUUAUCGAUAAAACCGGUGGUUCACUUGAAGAUCUCAAAAUCAUCAAAAAUUAACAAAAUCAGAGCUAUAUUUUUUACAAAAAAUUUCUCACGGGCCAUAAUUUUUUAUUGUGCACUUUAUUUUUGAUCACUUUUACAUUUUUUCAAAUU